AUGAACACGGGACUUGCUCUGUUUGUGGCGCUCACCGCCUUCUUGGGGACGGCCACCUGCGCGCCCUCCGAAGAGAAGUUCACCACCAAAUACGACAACGUCAACUUGGACGAGAUCCUGAGGAACGAGCGGCUAUUUAAGAAAUAUCUGGAAUGCCUGCUGGCCGACAACGACAGCCACUGCACUGCUGACGGCAAGGAGCUCAGAAAGGCCAUUCCGGAUGCGCUCGUGAAUGAGUGCGCCAAGUGCAGCGACAGGCAGAAAGAAGGAUCUGAGAAGGUGAUCAAGCACUUGCGAGACAACCGACCGCAGGACUGGGAGAAGCUGCAGGCCAAGUGGGAUCCUGAGGGAAUUUACAACAAACGAUACGCCGAAAGACUUUCUUCCUAG